AUGGAGGAAGAAGCCCAACCAUCUUUACCAGACCUCAUACUCUCCAUGGAGCAAGCUAUCCUCGCAGCCAAACAGCUCCCCGUCACCGCCAACCCCACCCACCUUCUCCAAAUAUACUCCUCCCUCCGCCAAGCUCAUACCCACCUUUCCACCUUCCUCUCAAAACCCCAAUUCCCCCAACCCCUCACCGCCGCCGCAGACACCGUCGUCAAUGGUAAUGAGCCGAUGCAAGUGGGUGAGGAAGACGAAGACGACGAUGUCGAACAGGAUAGUUACCGAGGCAGCGUGGACAGUGUGGAGGAGAAGAUGAGGGACUGCUUCAUAAAAAAUAAGCGUACCAAGCGGCCGCUUUCGCCUUCGGCGGUGGCCUUGGCGGAGGAGAGAAGGUUAAAUGAUGAUGGGUCUUAUGGGGUCACUGAGGGUUUUGAUCCUUAUGCCACGAGGUUGAGAGCUUUGAACCUUGUCUAUCAGUUUCAUGGAUGAGACAUUGUGGCUAAACCAUAGUCAUUUCUGAUAUUCAUUUUUUGUUUAUGGAGAAGAGAUUUGUAGAAAGAAAAAAGAUUGUGAUUCAGAGCUGAACAAAUGUACACUACGUUACAAUGAGAAACUUGCUCUUUUACUUUCCUAGGAAAGUUUUUGACUUCAACCUUUGAAUGAUAAAAUAUUAUUUUCUUGUA